ACAAGACAUUUGUUUGCCUAGCUGGAAGCAUCCGUAGUCUACUAUGUUGAUUAUUUGUGGUUAGGGCUUGUACGCGUCCUCUUUGUCUAAUAGGUUUAAGUUUUGCAUAAGGCAAAGGCGGGGUCAGUUGGAGUUUAAUACUAUUGUUUGCAUUAUCGUUAUCGCAAAGCUUAAGCUUUUAGGUCAAAUAUUAGGUUUUUUCAAGUUUUUUAGUUUGAGAUUUGGGUUUGUGGGUUGUGUUGAAAUUCUGAAAUAGGUCCACAAAAAUGAUUCCAACUGGGUUUAGAUUCAAUCCCACUGAUGAAGAGCUCAUCGAUAUACUGAAAAGAAAAGUAUGUGGACAAGAGAUGCCUCUGCAUGAUCGUUUCAUUGUUGAAAGAAACAUAUAUGAGCUUGAUCCUCGAGACUUUCAUUGGGAUCACACAGUCGUUUUACCCAAUAAUGAACGAUAUUGUUACUAUAUGAGGGAGACUGAUUCCAGAGAAGUACCUGGUCGGGGAUGGUGGAGAGCUACAGGCCAUGUAAAGAAAAUUAAUGGCAACAGCAAAAAUGUGGUGGGUUACAAAAGGCCAUUGACAUUUAUUAGGUUUAAGGAUAGCGAAAGAAAGCGUAAAAAUGCCUUCAAGACCAACUGGAUUAUGCAUGAAUAUAGCCUAGACUCCAACACAACGGAAUGGAGACUUUGUAAGAUCAAAUACAAAGGCAAGGCAAGUGUAAAAGAAGAGAUGGAGAAUAUCAGAAAAGGGUUUAAAUUAAUGACUAGUUUCGAAUCGAGCAGCCCUUCAAUCAUGGUGAUGGAGCUUGAUUUUGUUGAUGAAGAACAACAGCAACAGUCACAGCUCUUAAAGCUAGAAAAUAAUUUUCAUGAAACUCAUGAUUCAAUGGACAUGGAGUUUCAUUUUCUUAGUGAAGAACAAGAGAAAAUAUUACAAGUGCCACAGGCUUUACAACUUAAUGGUGAAGUGAUGAAUGAUGAACAUUCUUUUAGGCAAAAUAUGCAAAUUAUGGAUGAUCAGCAACAAGAUCAACAGCAAUCAAAUGCUUCGUAUGAUCCAAUUUUAACUCAUAUUUCGAAUUCAGAUUAUUACUUUUAUAAUCAAAUGGAGCAUCCGGAUUCAUCGGAGGAACUAUUUCCAAGCCUUUGGAAUUGGUGAAAUUAGAAUUGGGAAGCUUGAAUGAAUGUUUGAUUAAUAUAUAUUUAUUUCAAAUUUCUAAAGUUUUGUAUGAUUAAGAAGUGUUUUUUA